GCCAUGGAGGGGGGCCAGGGGCCCAGACUCAGAGACUUCCUGGGCCGAAGCCUGGCCACCUGGGCGCUGGGACUGGCUGGACUGGUCGGGGAGACGGAGGAGGAAGAGGAGACACCCCUCUCCGAGGAGAAGAGGCUCCUGCGGCUCUGCGAUGGGGCCCUGCUCCUCCGGGUGCUGGACCUCGUGGUCCCCGGUUCCCGAGGAGGACCUUGGAUAGUCAGGGGCCAUGAUGGCCCUGCAGCCUGGCGGGUGUGUAACCUGAAGCACCUGUGGGCCAGGCUGAGAGACUUCUAUCAAGAGGAGCUGCAGCUGUUGGUCCUGUCGUCACCCCCAGACUUCCAGACGUUGGGGUUUGAUCCCCUCUCAGAGGAGGCGAUGGAAGAGCUGGAAGGCAUUCUUAGGCUGCUGUUGGGGGCAUCUGUGCAGUGUGAGCACCGGGAACUCUUCAUCCGACACAUCCAGGGUCUGAGCCUCGAGGUGCAGGGCGAGCUGGCCGCCACCAUCCAGGAGGUGACCCAGACCGGGGCAGGGGUGGUGCUGCCACUGGCUGGACCCAGUCCUGGGGAGCUGGAGGCCUCAGAGCUGGAGACGAUGAUCUGGAGCCUCAUGGGCACACUGUCCAGGCUGGUCCGGGAGCGGGAUCUGGGGGCCCAGCGGCUGGCAGAACUGCUGCUGGAGCAGGAGCAGGCCCCCCUGCCGCCCGAGGCCCCCGUGCAGGCCUCUGGGGACGGUCCCUCACACCACCUGGCGCUGCAGCUGGCCAGUGCCAAGGCCCAGGUGCGGCGCCUGCGGCAGGAGCUGGAAGAGAAGGCGGAGCUGCUGCUGGACUCACAGGCGGAGGUGCAGGGUUUGGAGGCGGAAAUUCGGAAGCUCCGCCAGGAGGCCCAGGCGCUGUCAGGACCGGCCAAGCGCGCCGAGCUGUACCGAGAGGAGGCCGAAGCGCUGCGGGAGCGGGCCGGCCGCUUACCCCGCCUGCAGGAGGAGCUGCGGCGCUGCCGCGAGCGGCUGCAGGAGGCCGAGGCCUGUCGGGGCCGGCUGGAGGAGGAGCGGGCGCUCUCAGGGGCCUUGGAAGCCUCCAAGGCGCUUCUGGAGGAGCAGCUGGAGGCCGCCCGGGAGCGCGCAACCCGGCUGCACGAGACCCAGCGCGAGAACCUGCUGCUGCGCACCCGGCUGGGCGAGGCCCACGCGGAGCUGGGCUCUCUCAGGCAUCAGGUGGACCAGCUGGUGGAGGAGAACGUGGAGCUGGAACUGGAGCUUCGGAGGAGCCUGGAGCCACCGCCUGGCUCCCCUGUGGAGGCACCCCUGCUAGGAGCGGGACCCUCGCUGCAGGAUGAGGUGAGGGAGACCGAGGCUGAGCAGCUGCGGGUGGUGGAAAGGGAGAACCAGGAGCUCCGAAGCCUGCUGCAGGUUCUGCAGAGGCAGCUCCACAUACAGUGCCCCCUGCUGGAGGAGCAGAGCGGGGACUCGGUGCUUCCUGAGCUCCAAGUGGCUCCCAGGAUUCCCCAGGCCUCCCGCCAUGGCCCACAGGGCACGCCUUGCCAAGCUGGCGACGAAGGCAGCCAGGUCCCGGACACGGCUCCCCUGGUAUCGGAUUCAGCUCUUGACGGGUUAUCUGAGUGUCCUCAGGUGUCUGAUGCAGACCAGGAGGUGACAGAGAGGCCCCACCAGGAGCCUACCCUGGUUGUCCAGACUGCGGACGCCACCCCCCAAAAGUCAGAAUCCGCUGGGGAGACACGGGAGUCCUUGGAGAAGGCGGGAUCCGGAGUCUUACUCCAAACUCCCACUUCCGGGGCCUCACCUCCAGAGACAGGGGUUACAAUUGAGGGGCAGCAGGUGCUAGGAGGAGAGACUGGGGACAGAGAGGCCCCCCAGGGGGAAUUGGUGCCCACUGCCCAGGUUCUGAGACAAGAAGGCCCCUGCCACAAGCUGGGAUCCUCAGAGCUCGGCCUUCAGGUAUCGCCGGAAGAGCAGACGCUGGACUCAUCCAGGUGCCAGAGGUUGGAGGGGAAGGCUGGGGAACCAGCACCCCAGAAGCCGAAGCCGAGGUUGGAAGGAGCCCUUGAUGGCCAGGCUUGGGAGGGGCCGCCCCCAGGGGAGACCCUGGCUGGUGGUGUCCCCGAGCUGGAGGCCCUCAGGGAGGAGGUGAUGGAGCUCAGGAGAGAAGCUUCAGCCCUGGGAGCUGAAUUGGAAGCCCAGGCGCAACGGCUGGAGGCCCGAGGCAUGGAGGCUGCCCGUCUCUCUGAGGAGCUGGCCGGGGCGCGGAAGGCAGAGGCCGAGGCCCACCAGGAGGCAGAGGCCCAGGCCCGGGAGCAGGCCGGGCUUCGGGAGGCAGUGGACGCCGCGGGCCGGGAGCUGGAGGCCGUGGCCCGGGAGCGUGCGGCGCUGGCAGAGGCCCUGGCGGCAGCUGGCCGGGAGCGGCGGCAGUGGGAGCGGGAGGGGGCCAGGCUGCGGGCCCAGGCGGAGGCCUGUGAGCAGAGGCUGCAGGCACUGCAGCUGGAGCGCCAGGGCCUGGUGGAGGAGGCUGAAAGGGAACGUCGCAAGAAGCAGGCCCUUAAAGAGGAGCUGGAGAAGGCCGUGGUGCGGGGCCAGGAGCUGGGGGCCCGGCUGGAGCACUUGCAGCGAGAGCUGGAGCAGGCGUCCCUGGAGCGCCAGGAGUUUCUUCGAGAACAGGAGUGCCAGAACCAGAGAUACCGGGGCCUGGAGCAGCAGCUGGAAGCUGAGCUGCAGGCGGCAGCAACCAGCAAGGAGGAGGCACUGAUGGAACUCAAGGCCCGGGCCCUGCAGCUGGAAGAGGAGCUGCUCCAGCUUCAUCGGGGCCCUGCAGGACGGGGACCAGGGCAACACCCCGAGACUCACACCUCUGUGACCCAGAAUGGGCGGCUUGUGGAGGUGGAGCGCAGUAACGCCACGCUGGCGGCAGAGAAAGCAGCCCUGCAGGGGCAGCUGCAGCAUCUGGAGGGGCAGCUGGGGAGCCUUCAGGGCCGGGCCCAGGAGCUGCUGCUGCAGAGCCAGCGGGCCCAGGAGUACAGCAGCCGCCUGCAGGCUGAGAAGUCGGCGAUGGAGAUGCAGGGCCAGGAGUUGCACCGGAAGCUGGGGGUGCUGGAGGAGGAGGUGCGGGCCGCGCGGCAAGCCCAGGAGGAGACCCGAGGGCAGCAGCAGUCCCUGCUGCGGGACCACGAGGCCCUGGUGCAGCUGCAGCGGCGGCAGGAGACGGAGCUGGAGGGGUUGCUGGUGCGGCACCGAGACCUCAAGGCCAACAUGCGUGCCCUGGAGCUGGCCCACCGGGAGCUGCAGGGCCGCCACGAGCAGCUGCAAGCGCAGCGGGCCAGCGUGGAGGCCCAGGAGCUGGCGCUGCUGGCCGAGCGGGAGCGGCUGAUGAAGGACGGGCACCGGCAGCGGGGCCUGGAGGAGGAGCUGCGGAGGCUGCAGAGCGAGCACGACAGGGCGCAGAUGCUGCUGGCAGAGGUGUCCCGGGAGCGAGGGGAGCUGCAGGGGGAGCGGGGGGAGCUGCGGGGCCGCCUGGCCCGGCUGGAGCUGGAGCGGGCGCAGCUGGAGAUGCAGAGCCAGAAGCUGCGCGAGUCCAACCAGCAGCUGGACCUGAGCGCCUGCCGCCUGACCACGCAGUGCGAGCUGCUGACCCAACUGCGGAGCGCCCAGGAGGAGGAGAACCGGCAGCUGCUGGCCGAGGUGCAGGCCCUGAGCCGCGAGAACCGGGAGCUGUUGGAGCGCAGCCUGGAGAGCCGCGACCACCUCCACCGGGAGCAGCGCGAGUACCUGGACCAACUGAACGCCCUGCGCCGGGAGAAGCAGAAGUUGGUAGAAAAGAUCAUGGACCAAUAUCGUGUGCUGGAGCCCGGGCCUCUGCCCCGCACCAAGAAGGGCAGCUGGCUGGCAGACAAGGUGAAGAGGCUGAUGCGGCCCCGGCGGGAGGGGGCCCUCCCCCUCCCUGGGGGGCCGCGCCUGAGGGCUGAUGGGGCUGGCAGCACUGAGAGCCUGGGGGGACCCCUGGAGACGGAGCUCCCCCGGGGCAGGGAGGCAGAUGGGACAGGGUCCUCUUCACCAGCCCCCGUGCGCCGGGCCCAGAGCUCCCUUUGCCUGGGAGAGGAGACCCUGGCAGGCAGGCAGCGGAGGAAGCUCAGCUCCCGCCUCCACGUGGGGCGCAGCUCGGAGUCCUUCAGCCCAGGGGACACCCCGCGCCAGCGGUUCCGGCAGCGCCGGCCAGGCCCCCUGGGGGCACCCAGUGCCCGUGGCAAAGGAUCUGGCGUGGAGUGGGACGGUUCCGUUGAGACCCUCCCGGAACACGAAGCAGGUGGAACUGGAGAGGGCCAUGAAGAACUGGAGAAACGUCCCCUCAGCCAGUGACACCAUGGGGACAGGGCCCUUGGGAGUACAGCCCUCUUGCCAGGGGAGUACCUGUUACGGCCCCAGGCAGCCCAAGUGCUUGGGGAGCCACGGUGCCCGAGG